CAGCCGCAGCCGCUGGGAGGGGAGCCGCCGCCGCCGCGGGACUCCGGGAGCGGCCCGCCGCCGCAGGAGUCCGCCGGGGCCGCCGGCGCUGGAAUCCGCCGCUGCGCGCGUGGAGGUGGCCGCGGUGGUCCUGCCACCGCGAGCAGAGGAGCGGCCGGCCACGGGCCUGCCCUCACGCGGGUAUCUCUCCUCUCCCACUCCUCAGGAACCACGCCCGAGACGCCAUUGGAGCUCUGGAGCAGCGCCGGCGACAGAGAAGAACCGCCGGCCCUGCCCUCCCCCACGAACCGGAGUCACCCCGCUGCCACCGUCCUUCCCCCGACCGGAAGUACGACACUCUUGGCAUUUGGCAAUGAGGGGGAUCCCGCAAUGAGGAGCUUGUUUCAGGCAUGCUACCACUACCGACGCCUCGCGUCCUUCCCUUGCGCUGCCGAAGCUGCCUCACCUGCCAAUGGCUAUGAGCCAUGGAGGAGGUAUAUUUCCACUAGCACCAGUAAGGUUCUACCAUGGGAGGCGUCAUCCCGUGAAACGCUGUUGAGAAAGAUAGACAGUGGUAUGAAGGAUGGCAAUGUCGAAGAGGCACUGCAAUCAUUUGGAAACUACAAGAAGCUGCACGGUCUUCCUGAACCACAGGUACUGAAUAGCAUGAUCGUGUCGCUGUCCUACAUGUCUAGUCGGAGGUGGCUUCAGAGGGCAUUUGACAUGGUUCUCUCAGUUCAUCAAAUUAACAGCAACCUUCUUAACUGUGACUCCCUGAUGAAGCUAGCGUUGGCACUUGCAAGAGAUCAGAUGCCUGUUCCAGCCUCCACAGUCCUGAGGAUCAUACUUGAGAGUGGAAAGCUUCCUGAUGUUGAUUUGCUGAGCAUGGUGUUUCUGCAUAUGUUGAAGUCACAGGUUGGAUCCUAUCUUGUCAGUGAUGUUCUGAUUGAGACUUGUGAGAGUUUCUUGGACCAAGUUGCAGAUAGACGGGAAAUGAAAAAACUGGAUCCAAUAAAGAACAGUGCCACCUUGUUCAAUAUGGUUUUAGAGUCAUGUGUGAACUUUAAAUGCAUUAUCAAAGCCCAGAAAAUAAUGGAACUGAUGUCAUUGGUCGGAGUUGUGGCCGAUGUAAAUACAGUGGUGAUCGCUAGCCAUGUCUUCGAGAUGGUUGGGCAACGAGAUGAGUUGAUACAAAUGAAAAGAAGUAUUGACUCUUUAACAUCUUUGCCAUUUCUUCAGCACUAUCAGCAUUUUUAUGACAGUCUAUUGAGCCUGCAUUUCAAAUAUAAUGACAUGGAUGCUGCUGCAAAAUUUUUAAUCAACCUGCAUCAGCAACGAAAACCUAGUGUUUUCUUUUGCAAUGGCUUACAGAAACAAGGUGCCAUACAAAUUGGUUCUGGAAAUCUGAAAACCGGAUAUAAAAUAAUGUUUGAUCCUGGAAAAGUUGACAGAGGUUUCAUUUUGGGUAGAGAAAGCCAAUUUGGGCUUGUUGUCCUUACUGACGGAAAUCUUCUUCAUACUGAAAAGGCUCUUGCUAAACUUAUUGCAGGCUGUGUGAAAUCAAGGAAUAUGCAUACACUAUCUAACCUUUUUAUUAUGUUACAUAAAGAAGAUAUAGAUGUAAUUUCUCUUCGAGAUGUGGUUAAUGCAUGCAUUCAAAUGGGAUGGUUGCAUGCUGCUCAUGAUAUCCUAGAUGAUUUAGAGUCAGCUGGAAUCCAAGUCGGGAUUGCUAGUUACAUUUCUCUUUUGAGAGCAUAUGAGAAGGAGAAUAAGUCAGAAGAGUUAAAUGGGCUCCUCCAGCAGAUACAGAAGAUUUCAUCUGUCAUGGAUGAUAUUCGUACUAAUUCACCAUUUACCAUCAAGAAUAUUGCCAAAAUAGUGAAGGAUGAAAUACCUCUCACUCAUUCAUCUCUGUUUGCUGCUUUGGCUGAAGAAAUGAAACAUUACAACCCUGGAGAGCACUUGACAUUGGAGUUCAAUAAUUCCAUUCUUUUCUUCUGCAAGGCAAAAAUGAUGGAAGAUGCACUCUGCAUAUAUAAGCGUAUGAGAGAACAAAAUAUCUGGCCCACUUCUUAUACAUUUUGCCACAUAUUGUGCGGUUAUUCUUCAAUGGACAUGCAUAGGGAGAUUACCAUGCUCUGGGGAGAAAUAAAGCGCAGACUUGAAUAUGGAGAGCUAGAUGUGGAUAGGGACUUGCUUGAUUGCUUGGUUCUGGAUUUCCUUAAAGGUGGGUAUUUUUCUAGGGUGAUGGAGGUCAUUGGUUACAUGUCAAAACAUAAUAUUUACUGUGACAAGUGGAAAUACAGGCAUGUUUUUCUGAAGCUACACAGGAACCUGUAUAGGAAUUUGAACUCAUUGCAUAACAAAACCGAAGCUCAGAACAAAAGGAUUGAAGAUGUCCGAGCUUUCAGGUCAUGGGCAGGUAAGCAUGCCCUGUCACUACUUGUUCAUCACCUCUCUUUACUGACUAUGCUCUGACAAAAAGUUUACCCCUGCAUCCAAUUGGUUCUGUCGAACCAUUCAAAUCUGUUGCAGUUGCCAAAUAGACCGAUGCAUGGAGGGGCAGUAUUUCUAGCCAGGCUGGCUUGAGGUUGACUUGUAUCCUACUAGUUGAAUUCUACCAUUUCAAAAUUGUUGCCUUAUAUUUUUGGGGAUGUUGUUUGCUUUGAUACAACAUAUUGAUUCAAUAUCUAUGACGGCCAUUUGCAUUGUUUGUUGCUGUAGACAACUACAAGCAGUUACUUGUGUUUGGUGCAGCACUACUCUAUGAUGAAAACAUUAGUCAUUCAAAUGGGUAUUUGAGGUGUCUGCUGAUGAUAUGUGUGUUAGGCGGCCACAAACUAUUUUGAUCGAUGAGCGUCCUGUGUGCCGCAGCAGCAGCAGCAGAGGUCUGGCCUGGGAGCAACCGUUGCACAAGUGUGUGGCAAACGUACAACAGUUCAAAGAGGCACUUGAAGCAGGCUUUUGAAAGCUCAAAGAGUUUCAGCAAUGCUUUGAGCCAUUUUCUCUUUGACUAUGAGGAUGAGAUGGAGUUCUUCUCAGCAUGGGAAAGGCUAAUUGAGAAACAUGACAUCAGCGAGAGUGAGUGGCUAAGUGGUCUUUUCAUGGAGAAAGAAAAACGGGCUUCACCUUAUCAGAGAACCAUCUCUUCUGAUGAUAUACUCACCACUCUUCAGAAGGAUGUAUCGUAUAAUGAUUUGAAAGAUAUAUUUGAAAAGUUACCGCUGUUCGUUUUGUUGAAAUUUCAGUUGAUAAAGAAAUGUCAAUUAAUACAGAGAACAUGUUACUGAAAAGUCAGCUGUACAAAAGUUAGCUAAUACUAUAUAUUUAUCCAAAAUCAAAUGUUUGUUCUUGCAA